AUGGCUCCUCUCAAGGUUGGCGACAAGCUCCCCGAGGGCGUCAAGUUCGAAUGGGCCCCCAUCACCGACAGCGACCCCACUGCAUGCGGCCGUCCUCAAGAAUACGACGCAAGCAAGGAGUGGGCUGACAAGAAAGUCGUCGUCUUCUCCGUUCCCGGUGCCUUCACUCCCGGCUGCCAGGCGUAUCACCUGCCACCCUACAUUGCCAAGGCCAAGGAGUUCAAGGACAAGGGCGUCGACAUCAUCGCGACGAUUGCGUCCAACGAUGCGUGGGUCAUGAAUGCGUGGGGCAAGGUCAACGGCGUAAAGGGCGACGAGGUCCUAUUUCUGAGUGACACCAAGACCUUUUUCAGCAAGAACUACGGUUGGGAUGCUGGCAUGGGUGACCGCAACGGUCGCUGGGCUAUGGUUUUCGACCAUGGCAAGGUCAUCUAUGCUGAGAACGAGAAGAGCCCUGGUGAGGUUUCGGUCUCUGGUGCUGAUGCCGUCCUUGCCAAGUUGUAA